CAAAAUGGCUGCUGUUUGUUUACAUUUAGCAGCGCUGGUAUUUUAAAGGGAAUAUACGACACAGAUCGCAAAAAAUAGGUGAAUACGACAGAGUGGAUCUUAAGAGGAAAUACUUUCCACAAGAUUUAAAAGAUUCAACAUCACAGAAGUGCAAGUAGGAUGUACAUUUCUUCAGAGGUGUGGCUUUGCAGGCUCCUCCAGGAACUCCAGAGUGGCUGGGCCAGUUCUCUGCACUCGGAGCGAGCAGAAGAAGAACAUGACAGACCCUGAAGCUGUCUCCCCCCAGCAGAACGGGGCCGACCCGGCCGGCGAGUGCGAGCAGACACACGCUGAUUCUGCCGGGCAGCAGAAAGCGGCGGCGGCAGAAGAAAGCAUUUCUGAAGGCGUGGAAGAAGACAAAGUGACAGAAGAACCUUUGGGUCCAGAUGACAUGGUGUGUGAUUCCUGCAUCGAGAGCCCCUGCAGGGCCAUCAAGUCCUGCCUCACCUGUCUGGUGUCCUACUGUGAGGCCCACCUCCGGCCUCACCUGGAGAACCCAAAGUUCCAGAACCACCGGCUGGUGGAUCCGCUCCGGGACAUCGAGAGGAGGACCUGCGAGGUCCACAAGUGGCCCCUGGAACUCUUCUGUUACGCCGACGACUGCUGCGUGUGUCAGGACUGCGUGGACGAGGAGCACAGGGGCCACAACACCGUCGCCGUGGUCGAGGCUCGCCGCCGGGUCGAGAGGGAGCUGAAAGACAAGCGCAGCGAGAUGACCAAGACGGUGACGGCGGCGGAGAACGCCAUCAACAAGCUGCAGCUCAACACCGUCUCCAUCGAGCAUUCGGUGACGGAGGUGCGGGCCGCCAUGGAGGAUCAGUUCGAGCGUCUGCGGGCGGCGGUGGAGAAGGCCAAGCGUGACGUGACGGACAUCCUGGAGGGCGAGGAGAAGCAGGCUCUGAGGCAGGCUGACGGCAUCAAGGUGCACCUGGAGCAAAGGUGUGGCGAGCUGAAGAAGACUCAGGCGCAGGUGGAGAAGCUCUCCAGGAACAAGAACGACGUGGACUUCCUACAGGAAUACUCUGAGUGGAAGAAGGAGGCGUCGGACAUUUCCCUGCCAGGUGUCUACAUCGGCCUGAUGGAUCGCCUCCACUCCUUCAGCCGUGUGAUUGAGGACGCCACGCAGGAUCUGUGUGCCAUGUUGGACACCUCCUAUGUGGACAACAUCAAGCACACCUGCAACACAGAUAAGAUGGGCAUCAAGACGACGGUGCAGGCCAUGGUGGCGUCCAAACACAACAUGACCCUCCCUGACCCCGUGACCCGGCAGGACUUCCUCAAGUACGGCGCCCAGGUGAACUUUGACGCGGACACGGCUCACGUCUUCCUGCGUCUGACAGAAGACAACCGCAAGGUGACCAACACCACACCCUGGCAGCACCCUUACCCCGACCUGCCCGAGCGCUUUGACGGCUGGCGCCAGGUGCUGGCGGCCGAGAGCUUCUACCUGGGCCGCCAUUACUUCGAGGCGGACAUCAGCGGCGAGGGCACGCACGUGGGCCUGACCUACAAGAGCAUCGAGCGCAAAGGUGAGGAGAGCAACGGCUGCAUCGCCGCCAACAACUUCUCCUGGUGCCUCCAGUGGAACGGACGCAGCUUCUCCGCCUGGCACAGCGGCGUGGAGACGCCCCUCAGCGUGGGCAAGUUCACGCGCCUCGGCGUCUACGUGGACUCCCCCAGGGGCGUCCUGGGCUUCUACGGCGUGGACCAGGUGAUGACGCUCAUCCACACCUACCAGGCCGACUUCCUGGAGCCGCUCUAUCCCGCCUUCUGGUUGUCUAAGAAGGAGAACGUGGUGGCUUUGGUGGCGCCUGGUGAGCCCUUACCUCUCAAGAGCCCCUCCCCUCCCACCUCACCCACCAAUGGCGUUCCUCUGCCCUGAACACCUGUGUCGUCAUCACCCCACGGUUACACAACUUGCUUCACAUCCAUUUACAGGCCAGGGAGUUUUCAACCAAAAAUAUAAAACACACAAAUCCAAACACAGACACACAAGUUAAAACUUUCACACAUGAUCUGAUUACACACACACAAAUCAAAAUAUACACACACAAUUUAAAACACACACUCAUGGGUCUGAUUACACACACACACAAAUCGAAACACGAACACAAAUUGGAACACACACACACAGAUUUGAUAACACACGCACAGCUCAAAUUAGGUACAUACAAAUUAAAACACACACACAGAUCUGACUACACACACACAAAUCAAAACACGGACACACAAAUUAAAACAUGCAAACAUGAUCUGAUUACACACACGCAGAUUGAGAUACAGACACACAAAUUAAAACACGCGCACACAGAUCUGAUUGCACACAGAUUGAGAUACAGACACACAAAUUAAAACACACACACACAGAUCUGAUUGCACACACACAGAUUGAGAUACAGACACACACAUUAAAACACACACACACAGAUCUGAUUGCACACACAGAUUGAGAUACAGACACACACAUUAAAACACACACACAGAUCUGAUUGCACACGCAGAUUGAGAUACAGAAACACAAAUUAAAACACACACACACAGAUUGAGAUACAGACACACACAUUAAAACACACACACACAGAUCUGAUUACACACCCAGAUUGAGAUACAGACACACAAAUUAAAACACACACACACAGAUUGAGAUACAGAAACACAAAUUAAAACACGCACACACAGAUCUGAUUAGACACACACACACAUAUUGAGAUACAGACACACAAAUUAAAACACACACACACAGAUUGAGAUACAGACACACAAAUUAAAACACACACACACAGAUUGAGGUACAGACACUCAAAUUAAAACACACACACACAGAUUGAGAUACAGACACACACAUUAAAACACACACACAGAUCUGAUUACACACACCCAGAUUGAGAUACAGACACACAAAUUAAAACACACACACACAGAUUGAGAUACAGACACACAAAUUAAAACACACACACACAGAUUGAGGUACAGACACUCAAAUUAAAACACACACUCACAGAUUGAGAUACAGACACACACAUUAAAACACACACACAGAUCUGAUUACACACACCCAGAUUGAGAUACAGACACACAAAUUAAAACACACACACACAGAUUGAGAUACAGAAACACAAAUUAAAACACGCACACACAGAUCUGAUUACACACACACACACAUAUUGAGAUACAGACACACAAAUUAAAACACACACACACAGAUUGAGAUACAGAAACACAAAUUAAAACACGCACACACAGAUUGAGAUACAGAAACACAAAUUAAAACACGCACACACAGAUCUGAUUAGACACACACACACAGAUUGAGAUACAGACACACAUUAUUCAGUCAUAUACAGCAUAGUUGUGCUCUCAAAGGGAAACUUCUGACAACAAACCACAAUCUCAAAUAUUCCACUUGGAAACAUUUUGGGGAAAAUUAUAUAUCUUUAUUUUUUGUGUCUGUUUUUCUGCAAAGGAGGAAUAGUGUGACUUUUAGGAAAAAGAGAAUGCAUCAAAAUCUCUGUUAUGAAUGAUGGACUAUUAAAUGCUGUAAUUACCUCAUCUGAA